CCACGCGCAUGCUUGCGUUCACGGGACAGCGCAUCUUCACCAGGACGGACUGCCGACAGUGAAGAACCAGAUUAAAACGUGCUGGUACGGAUGUAGAAAGGACCUGCGAUCAUCUAGCUCUCAAAGGUCAGUGAUGACACCACAACAGCAUUGUCCAACCAGUUUCUAACCACAUUGCCAUGGCAACAGGAAGAAAAGGCUCUACUUCCAAAGGUGGUGGGGUGCGUUUCCCUGACGAUGACGAGCCUCCCGGCUCUCCAACAUGGAGGGAUGACCAGUCCAGCCUCUCUUCACUUAUGGCAGUCCUAGAGAAGGAUGGCAGCUACCUGGUCAAGGCUGGUUUCCUGAAGAGCCAUCACUGCUAUGAGAUUGUCUUUACUGUCCCAGAUGUCCCCACGCUGGGUAAGGAGCUGUCCUGUCUUCCUUCUUGCUCUCCAUCUCGGAAACCCCAGAGCCUCCGGGUCCACCGAAUAAGCUCAACACUGGAGGGAGGAGCAAAGGUAACCUGUGAGUACAGGACCCACCAGGAGGGCGUGGUCCAGGAGGAGAUCACGCUGGUGACCAGGGGGAGGAAAGUCAUCAGCUUGAAAAUCAGACUCCAGGCCAGAGUCAUUGACCCACAUCACGGGACCCCCAUGCUGCUGGAGGGAGUGAGGUGCCUGGGCUCCCAGAGAGAUGCUCACAAGAUGCACAGCAGUGAUCGGAAGAGGAUAUAAAGAGAGGAAACAUACGUUUACUGUUGUUAUGUACUUAUAUAUCUGUAAAGGGAUUGGGGUCACAGUGGUGUGUAGAACAUCUGCCUACUGGGCUACACACCUCUUUGACUUGGAGGUGUUGGGUCUGUGAUGGUACGUUGUCAUUUUAAAAGGAUGAGUUGAAUUACCACCAGCUCACUGUUAGAUAAGGAAGAAGCCUCUGCUGCUGUAGAGGUAAAAUAAACCAGCAUGGACACGACCCAGUUUACACCAAGCCACUGCCAAGAGAACAAGUCAUCAGCAGGAUCACACAUGCACUAAUAAAAAGUCACCUGUUGUACUCUGAGCCCACGAUGUUUCAUUACAUUAACAGACUUAG